GAUUUCGGUCAAGAGAGAAUAUUUUUCCGUGUAGGUAUUUUUCACCUUCCAAAUGUGUAGACGUAUCGCUGGUACCGCAUGUUUGAAGAAAAUCGUAUACAUACAGGUGAAUGAGGUUACCUUUGUGUGUACGUAGCCUAGCUACGUGCCCAUCCCGCCCAAUCGGUAUGAAUAAAAAAAAAUAGAAAAAAAAAACGUAGGAAAAGAUCUAAUAGAUGAAAGCAAAAAACAGAUGUACACCGAUGUUCGUGUAGAAAUUUUCUCAAAAUUGACCAGUUUGCGCAAGCUCUAAAACGCAUGCUCUACAAAUUCGUGGGCAGAUGAGAAUGAUUUCGUUGGUAUAUUACAUUCAGUAUUUCCGCGAACUGUUCCCUUUGCGGCCGGUGCUUUUCGUUGUGUUUUUGUUAUUUUGUUUUGUCGCAUUUUAUUUUGAAUAAAAUAUUAUUAUAUCGGCUUUUACAAACAUGUUGUUUUAUGGAUUGUUAUAUUUUCGCGGGUCGUGGGUUUGAUAACCUGGUGAAUUGUUAAUUUUACUAGAGAAUUUUUUUCUCUUUUUUUUCAAGUAGAUGUGUUUUUUUUCGAAAUUGGUUUAACGUAUUUUUCAGACCGGUGAGUUAUCUUGAUGAAUGCUUGAAAACACGUGCAUGGUUGUAAACAAAUAAUUAACGUUGGAUACCAAUACCCAUUGUAUAAGCUCUAUUGAGCGUUGGUUCGAGUUAAAUAUCGAAUGAUGCCUGCCGGAGAAAAACUGGAGUGUGGUGAGGUGCGCGCGGUUUUAGCAUAGCGUAAUAUUAUUAUACAGCUUUAUCGUGAACGGAAUAUUUUAAAAUCGACUCAUUAAAGUCCGGAGUUUAAAUUGUCCGCGGGUCAACAUUCGAUACAGUACUAGAUUUUCGCGUGCGGGUUAAAUGUCAUGAGCUGUAAAUAAUAUGUGGCUUAUCCUAACUCUGCGGUUGGUUCGCGGUUCAGCUAAUCGUCCGUUUAUGAUGUAAACGCAUUCAAACUAAGAUUUGAUUAACGCUGCCAACCACCCCGGACCGAAAUCAUGAAGAUGUUCAAUAAACAAGUUACCUUUUCGAUGAACGUAUCGUGGAUGUCGAUUAUACUGAUAUGGCAAGCAACGCAAUUAGUUACGGCUGUACAAAAAGAUUCCAGCAAGAAUAGUAAUACAAUAAAACAAGUAACCGCAAAACCUGGCCAGCCUUAUUUUGAUAAAAGCGCUUCGAAGAAUGUGACCGCCUUGGUUGGUAAAACGGCCUACCUUAAUUGCAAAGUGAAAAAUUUGGGAAAUAAAACGGUAUCGUGGGUACGGCACAGAGAUAUCCAUCUUUUAACCGUCGGAAGAUAUACGUACACCAGCGAUCAAAGGUUUAGAGCUAUAAACGACCCGCAGUCGGCCGAAAAUUGGACAUUAAUGGUGAAGUACCCGCAGUUAAGGGAUUCUGGAAUAUACGAAUGUCAGAUUAGUACAACGCCGCAUAUAAGCCAUUUUAUACACCUCAACGUAGUCGAGCCGUCGACGGAGAUACUGGGAGGUCCAGAUGUAUAUAUAGAUAAAGGAAGCACUAUCAAUUUAACAUGUGUGAUUUCUUAUAGUCCAGAACCACCUUCGUAUAUUUUCUGGAAUCAUAACGACGCUAUGAUCAGUUACGAUUCUCCCAGAGGAGGUGUGAACGUUAUCACGGAAAAAGGUGAUACCACUACUAGUUAUUUACUAAUACAGAAGGCUACAGAUUCCGAUAACGGAAGGUACCAGUGUAAUCCUUCGAGUGGUCAGCCGAAGUCUAUAGAAGUUCACGUGUUAAAUGGCGAACAUCCGGCAGCCAUACAACACGGAGGUCAAGCACAUCAUCGUUCUUCUCAUACGCAUUGUCUUAUAUUUUGUAUAACUUUGCUCAUGCUGACUCCUUAACAAUAAUUGAACUCGUUCGUGUGUUUUUUUAACUGGAAUUUAUUUUUAAAUACUUUCUAUAUUGUUGUAUAAGCUGUGUACAAUCAGUUAAUAUUUCGGGGGAAUUUAACGUAUUAUGCAACUGUUUGUUACCGUUGUGCGAAAUGUAGUCAAGUACGAGCAUAUGAAACUUUUCGCGUCCACCUAGACCUACCUACGUUCCGAAUAUCGUUGUGGUCACGCUAAAGUGGAUUAUGAUUCAUUGGCUGAAGCCAACUUCCUAAUUGUGAUAUAAAACGUGUUGUUUUGGUUGUUUUAAUAGUUUUUACCGCCGCGGUUGACGAAAUUUUCGAAUAAAUGACUUCGUAUAACGAUUCUGAGUGGUGAAUUGUACUACAUUAAUGUCUCGAGUGUAUUAUCUAAUUAGCUACGAGGUGAUUAUUUUUUCGAGUUUUGAGUUUGUAGAAGUCAUUUGGGUUUUUGGAUUUGUAAAAUGAAAAGAUCUUCUAAUCCCAACGACAUGAAAUUGAUUGCAAAAUUUAUGAGACAGCUGUUCUUACCUAAUCAGCUAAGAUACUUGAUGACAAAAAAUCUGUACAAACGUGUGAUAAUUUAUGUACUUACUCCUGAGGAAAGAAAUAAAAGAGAAAUUCACCAAGAAUAGAUGAAUUGGCCUGGGGUGAGAAGGAUAGUCGUACCUAUUGUGUACAUUCCUAUAAGUAGACAUUUUUUCUAUUAAAAAAAAUCUCCGUUACUUACUCCUCUCACUACAAAAUCUAAUUAUUUUCAACAUUUUUUUUUAAUUUUGAAAAAAUUAAAGUUUCAAGACUUAUCUACAUAGUUCUUACAGAGGGGUCAAAUAUUGACUGAAAAAUAGAAAAUUCGUACCACGUCUUAUUGAGGGUGUAUCACGAUAGUUGUUUCUGAUUCAUCCAAAUUCUGUAAGUACUCCUAGGUAGGUAGGUAAUUUUUAAAAUUUCCAAAAUCAACUUUGUAUAAAAUAUUUAUGAAAAUUGACCUCAGUUGGGUUCACGAAUUGUUUUUUAGAAAUUUUUUUUCAAACGGAUAAUAAGCGUAGCCUUAUGGCAUCGACAUGUUUUCAAAUUUUAGAAAACUAAAAAAAUGCCAAAAAUGGAGAUUUUUGAUGCUCAAGUACCUUUUUGAGACAAGUCAUAAAUAAUUAAGUAGUCUACUUUGGAAAUUGAAGGAGUUGGAAGCAAAAAAUUGUGGAAAUUCGAAGGUACAUACCGUGAGAUUUUAUAAGCCCAUAGCACCUUCAAUUUUAGAGAUAAGACUAUUUUGUGGGAGGACAUUUUUUUGUUUGCCAUUUUUUGGAGGGGAAAUUUUGGUGAUCAUAUUUUUUUCGUUGUAGUUGCUGAAACGAUCUACUCCUGCUGAUGGAGCAACUUUUUUUCCAAUUGCAAUCUCAAGAUAAGCAAUGGCAUUUCCCUAAAUUUUUCCUUAAAAAAUUUGUAAAAAAAAAAAUUCCUAAAUUGAUGACAUUUUCAAUUUUAUUUUAUAGUCCAGUCUUUUUGACAUGCUAGCUAGGCUGUUCUUCUACCUAUUACGAGUACAUCCCACUCAUCCAAGUGUUUUCCAAACUGAGAAUAUUGGUUACUUUAAAAAUGAUGGCAAAUUAUCAGGUUAAAGUCCUUAACGAAAAUUUAAACGAAAACCAUAUUUUUCAUCUCAUGAUACUCAAAUUUUGCACAAAAAAUCAAAAUAAAAACAUUACGUACCUAACUAAAAAAAAAAAAAAAAAAAUGCGAAAUCUCACUGAACAGUUUAAUUUUUCAACAUAAAUUAAAAUUGAAAAAAGGUCUCUAAAUCAGCGUUCACUCUUCAAUUUCACUUGAGAUAAAAUUGGAUGGAAACAGUUUUAAAAUCCUACAACUAGGUACCUAUAUCUAAUACUUUCCAUUUUUGCCUUGCUAAAUUUCAUUUCAUUUUUCAAUUAUUUCAAUCUUCUUUCCCACUCCCUACGUUCCUCUCUCUACUGAAAUUCACCCGUUUUAAAAUCCAAAAAAAAAAAGAUAGAAAAAACAACAAACCAGAUCAGAA